GUUCUUUAAUUUUAUUGUUUUUUUUCACAGGUCCCUUUUGUGAAAAACAGGUCUUUCAGAUACCAUAUAAACCCUUAAGUAAACGAAUGUUGGAGGAACCGUUUUGGCUCGGUCUUAUAACCGUUUCUGUGGUUUUACUGGUUAUUUUAUGCAUUUAUUGUAUCAAGAGGAAAUUUGCGGAUAAAAUUGAGAAGUUUUUAGCUGAGGAAAUUGAACGGAGUAAGAACCUUCUUACCUGUUGGUGCAAUUUCUUAUCAUGGAUGACGGCCUGCACUUCAUUCACUUCAUUUCUUGUGUUUUUUUCAACAAUGCUUCUUUCAAAUUUGAUCUUUUAUAAUUCAUCUCCUCCCACCACCAGAUACAGUCUCAGCUCUAACCAACCAUGCUCAACGCCAGCUAAUCUCAGUCCACAAACUUGUCCAAAAUCUAUUUUAAAUAGAAUACGAAAACAUAGUAUUCGUAGUACAAGAGGUGGUAGCAAUAGUCCAACAGAUCGGGAUAUGGGUUGCACUUUUAGUUUCGAUGAAAUUCUGAAAAGAACGGCGCAACAGACCAAAAAACCGAUUAAUACAAAUACUUCCACGCCAUCGAAUGAUAGUGAUAAGAAGAGCGAUGAAAAAUCGAGGAUUUUAGCAUCAUUAGUUACGUCUUCUCCAAGCCAGAGAAGAUUAAGUCUUGAUGAAUUUUUCCGUUUGAGUGAAAGAAAAAUACAAAUGUCUAAUCGUAAAGUCUUUUCUCAAGACGGGGGGAGUCCUACAGAAGGCAACACUGCAGAAACUACUUUUAUAGGAUGCUUAUCACCUCGAAUAUCUCAUUAUUCAGCACCAUCGUUUUCAGAUUUCCGUUCGGUCAAAGAACAUUCUUUUGAACAGAAUUCAUCCUCGGAUAGUCUGAGCGGAGAGGCGAAAACAAGUGAAGUGCAAGUUGAGGUAUCUCCACAAGCAUCGGAUUCUAAAGAAGCAGACGAUCAAACAAGUAAAACUAAUUCGCCUAUUGUUCAACAAGUUCCGGAAAUUUCGAUAACGUCGGAAGACCCCGAUUGCCUCGAGACUGUUAAUGCAGAAAACAACUGUGAAAACCCUGCCGAUCUCAACGAAGAUACGAAUAAUUGUAAUAAUUCAACGAGUUCCGCUUUAUCUCAUAAAAGUGUUUUUUUAGAAGUGCCAUCUGCUGAAAAUCAAGGGAUUCCUAUUAAACAGACAACAACAACACAAACGACUUUGACAAAAUCCCCUUGCGUAGUAUCACCUAAAGUUCGAAAAUCGGAUAUUCCAAGAAAAUAUUCAGUAGAUUUACCUACUCCAAAAAUACUCAUCACUGCUAAUAUGAGUUCCUGUGAUUCUGAUGAAACAAGUCCUCCAAGAACACCGAAUCCUAUUAAGCCAAUGGCUUACCUUAGUCCUUUAGCUGUGAUUUGUUCUUCAGCUGAUAGAACUAUAUCUGAAUCUAAUCUUAGCACAUCGGGUUAUUCUUCUCUUUCCAGUCCCGGACUUUCUCGUUGUAAUUCGAGCAGUCCUCUUUCUGAUGAAUUGGAUAUCCAGCAGAAUUUGGGAACUAAAUCUCGUGAAAAUACUUCUCCACAGAAAGCUGGAAGCCAUUUAUUAUCUCCUUCCUACCUCACUGUUAAAUCAGAUAAAGCAUUCCAGUUUCCUCCAACUCAUGUUUAUCCAUGUCUGGAGAUUUUCCAACAGCCAGGAUAUAUGAAGAGAAGAGGAUCAAUGAGUGGAAGUUGGUAUUCAUCAAAGGAUGCACAUGGUCAGAUAAAAACAAGAUUUAGAAGUCCAUAUCAUCAGCCAAUAAGCAGACAAAAUUCUGUAGAAGACGAAGGAAUCGGAAUGGAAUCUUGUGAUCAAGGAACUUCGGACAAUGAAACGAAAUGUGUUAAAACGGACAAUUUUUCAGAUGAAGAAAGUGACAACAAAAUAAAUGAAAAAAGCGAAGAUAAUCGAAAAACAACAGCGGAACCAUCAGAAGUGCCAUCGAGUGGAGAAAAAAUUAUAUCAGAUUUAAAAUAUCCUGUUAAUAACUCCGCAAGACGACAAUCAUUUUCUGAUAGCGAUGAAACAAACAAUCAUGAAAAUCCAAAAGCAAAAGUUCAGAGCCGAAAAAAAUCUCCUUCAAAACAACAAAAUAAUUCUCUGAAUCCUCCGUCUCAGUCUGAUGCUUCAAAAGACCAAAAAGAUAAAGAAAGAGAUCCAACUCUUGCAGAAACUUUAAUUCAAGUAUUUGCAGAUAAUCCAAAUAAGCAGAAAACAACAAAAACUCUGAAACAAAACUCUUGUCCUGCUUUUCCUCUAUCAACAAAAAGAUGGAUACCACUGCCAACACAGAGAAGUUACCCUAUUACCUAUAGAAAAACAGAACGACUUCAGUCAGUAGAUUCAAGUGGCAGUUCCGCACCAAGUGACACAGAAGAUCUUUUUGGUGUAGCUUCCGACGACCAUCAUCCAGUGCUCAGACGUCAGGGUGCCUUAAGUGAAGACGACGGUGAUAGUGAAGAGUCAAGCGGAGAUACCACGGUCCUGCUCCGAAAAACACCCAACGUAUCCCUAAUGAAGAAUGUUUCCAAGUUAUCUGACGAUUCCACUUCAUCUCCUCGCAUCACUGUAUCAUUAUCUGACUCGUCUAGUACACCUUCUCUACCAGAAAUGUUGGAUUCAACAUCUCUCACCGAACAUCUGGUCACCGAAGAAAUCCCAAAGAAUCUUCAUUGAUGUCAACUGUUUUGAACUGUCUUCGUUUAUUUUAUUUUAAAAUUGAAUUUUUUUUUUACAAAAAUUAUCAGACAAUCAAAUAUUUAAUUUCGAAAUAUUUCGCGAUAAAUAUUUCUCUAUCUUUGACUCUUUCUCUUUCUCUCGCUAUCGCUCUAUUUGCACUCCUGAAUAUAAGAAAUUUUGCACGUCGAAACACCUCUAUGUGCCUGACUAAAGCACCUCAUAAAAAGACUUAACACUAUAUAUAUAUAUAUCUUUAUUAUAUUUUAAAUUUUUCAAAAUUGUUAUUUAUAAUUUUUUACUCGAAGUUUUUAUUUUGCUCGCUCCAUAACAUUCAAAUUAAUCAUUCUAUGCAGCUUGAAAUAUGGCUAAAUAUUUUCUUCAUUAUUAUUAAAUUUCUAUCGAAGCUUGUCAUUUAAUUUUAUCUUAAAAAAAAAGAAAGAAAGAAUAACUCUUUCACUGCCUGUGAUUCCUUAAAAAUAAUCUUGGAAAAUUAUAUUCAUACCAAAACACUUCUGAUGGAAUGGUCGAUUGAAUGCAUUACUACUCAUAUAUUAACAUCGUAAAUAUAAUAAAUACGGAAUAAUAAUAUAAUGUUCCAUUUGAUAACUAUGCAUUACUUUACUUACUUAUUAUGGUACUUUUAAUCUUAUUAUAAAAAUGCUACAGUUUUCAAUUAUGCAAAAACAAAAUGUCAUUGAUGCAAGUUAAGGAAAAAAAACGACCAAAUGAGAAAAUUACUGAUAUAUUUAAAUGUCUUUCAAAAUGUACAGUUACAAUUAAAAUACAUGUUUACGAUUAU